AUGUCCGGCUUGGAAGGCCUCGCUGCCGUCAGUUUUGCUGGCAACGUCUUCCAGUUCAUCGAUUUUGCUAUCACGCUUUACGAGCGUAUCGACCAACUCUCCUUAGGCACCACAGCGGCAGGGGAAGUCCCCAGGAAGCUCGAAACUCUUGCCAAUCGGUUGUCAUCUACCGCGGAAACUCUCAAAGCACUUGAUCAAGAGGGCCUUACUGCGGUGGAAAAUGACAAGAAAACACUCGAGGCAUGUACAGCUCGAACGAAGGACUUGGACGAGCGGUUAAAGAGGUUUACGGUAAAGAACAGCAAGCCUGGCACUUCGCAUCUACAGAAAGGGGCGAAGAAGGCGGAGAGGGUUUUGAAGGCAUUGAAAUCCGUUCAUGCAGAUGAUGAAAUCGAGGAUCUUCAAAGGAGCUUAGAUAGGCUUCUGGAUUUGGUGAGCUUGCAGCAUCAGCUCCGAAUGGCGAUCAAGAAUGACCGCAACCACGAGGAUAUCGUGAAGCAGUUGGAAAGCCUCUGUCUCGAAGUUGCCGCAAAGUCUACUGUCAUGCGAGAACCUGAUGUUCCAAUAACGAUCCUCCCAUUCACUCGUAACCAUAAUUUUGUGGGGAGGGUCGAGUUCCUUGACGACAUUGAUCGCAAGUUCAGCUCCGGGCAGCGUAGCGUUGCUCUGUGCGGGCUUGGGGGUGUUGGGAAAUCUCAAAUUGCUCUCGAAUACUCAUUUCGCUUUCGAGAAAGAUCGCCCCAAGCCUCGAUCUUCUGGGUCUAUACGAGCGCUGGUGUCAAUUUUGAGCAAAGUUACAACAAAAUCGCCACAUGCUGUGAUGUACCUGGACGUGAGGAUACGGAGAAGAAUUUGAUGCAGCUUGUCACGGAUUGGCUCGAGAAUCACUACAAGCUCGAAUGGCUUAUGAUUAUAGACAACGUGGACAGCAUCGAGACUUUCUUGAAGAUAGAGAUCCAUGGCAAACCGUUGAUUGAUUAUGUCCCACAGAGCGCGAAUGGUUCUGUGCUCUACACAUCCAGGAACCGAGACAUUGGCGUGGACCUUACGCAAGAUCAUGAUCCAAUAAUGAUCACGUCGAUGAACCUAGAGGAAGCUCAACAUCUGUUGGGCAAAGAUCUGAUCAGCCGCAGCACCUCUGAAGAUCGUCGUGACCUUCUCGAGGAGUUGGAUUAUUUACCCCUUGCCAUCAACCAGGCUGUUGCGUAUAUGACCAAACGUCGCAUAUCGAUUAAAGAGUAUCUAGUCCUGUUCAGAAAAAGUGACUCUAACAAAGUGCGCCUUCUCAAACACGAAUUUAGCGACAAUGGAAGAGAGACGAGGCGAAUGGAGUCCCUGGCAACGACGUUUAUUGUGUCCUUCGAAUACCUGAGAGCAGAACAUCCUAACGCUGCUGAUUUGUUGUCCAUUAUGAGCUAUUUCGAUCGUCAAAGUAUUCCUAGAUCGUGUUUGCAAAGCGAAAAUACUGAUCCAUUGGACUUCGAGGACUCGAUAGAGUUCCUGAUUGCCUUCUCCUUUGUCACAGGCGACGAUCAAGUACGAGAGGAGAACGGUGAUGAUGACGAUUUUAACGCCGAUUUUGACUGGAAAUCAUAUAGCAUGCAUCGGCUGGUCCAACUAGCCACUCGCCAGUGGCUCAAAGAGAAUAAAACCGACAAAGAAGAUGCGUUCGCGUCCCAGGCGAUCCAACGCUUCCAAGCGCAGAUGCCAACGAUGACGCCUUAUCCUAAAGAUUUUGCCUCAGUCUCAGAAUAUCCCUUCCCCCCAUGCCCUACACCCGGAUGUCCAUGCGUGGAUCAAUGA